AUGACUGUCGAGCUGCAUGGUGUUUUCACCAUCACCAAUAUUCAACAUGGCAAUCGAGUCAUGCUGCCCAACAACAAUCACGAGGAACAAGUCAACUGUGUAAUUCCUGUCACCGAAAUUGCUGAUGUUGAAACGUGGAAAUUCGAACCUAGUACUCUCGGUCGGCACCAAAUCAGGAAUGUGAAGCACGACUGUAUCCUCUCGGCCCAGCAUCCCUAUGUACCUGGAACCUCUGUGGUGACAACUGAACGAAGGAACUGGUGGCUACUUGAGAAACUCAAGGACGAAGAGUAUGGACCAGAUGCUUAUUUGAUCCGGCAUAACGACAAGAGAGAUCUAUGCUGGAGUUUAACCGAUGGAAAUGACGACACGCCGGUUUAUCUCCAACAAUCUUCUGCCCAUCGCCAUAGUGCUUGGAGGAUUGUGCGUCAUCUUCUUCAGAGUGAAAGCAAAAAAGACAAGCAUGAUGGCAGCCAAGAUGAGAAGGCAGUAGAAUCUACGUCUCCUCAGACAUCAUCGACCGAGCGCCAAGAGUCUGCUCAAAAUGACUCGUCCAAGGACGAACCUAAGGACGAUUCAUUCUCUCAGAAAGCCCACUCGGAAUCUACGAAGACCCAUGUAGAGGACGAUGAUGACUCUCAUCAAGACGCCACCAAAGCAGAUGUACACAGAUCAUAUAGCAAGACUAAACACAAUAAAAGCCGUACUCUUACUCGUGCUCCAAGUGGCGAUCGUUUGCCGCACGAAUCCUUUUCACUACGAGACCUUCGUGCCGCGCCGCAAAGUCACACAGAUGGCGGAUUAGAUGAUGGUGCAAGCAGACGUCCUCUUUCUCGUGGGGCUCGUGUCGAAAUCCCUCGGGAUCACAAUCUCGCUGUAAGACAUCCCACUGUCGACCAUACCCUAGAGGCCGUUACUUCGCCUAUUUCGCCUCGGACGCAUGCAGAGCUACAGGCCCUUUUGAAGAACGGAGAAGGACAUCCCAUCAACGCCCGUGACAACCAUGGAUUCCCCGAGACGGCUCGUCCUAUAGCUCACACGCAUGCGGAACUGAAAGCCCUUAGGGAGAGUAGGGGUGUGGCGCCGAUUGACACGCGUGGAAAGGAUAACAAUGGUGCAGGUCGCUCAGACACUUUAAACAUACCCCAACCGCAGAAAGGGCGCCGGAGUUUCGGGAACCGCGGCCGACCGAACGUAUCCCCUUCCAACUCUUCGCGCUCGAUGAGCCCGGCUACGCCCCCACAGCUCCCGAGUAUGCAGCCCGCUAUUUUCUCCUUUGGAUCCGCUUUUACGUCCGAGGAUGACGCCGCCGAAUGGUCAAGCCCGUGCGAUGCGGACUACUUCCCCGCCAAGGAUCCUAAAGAUAACCUCGAAGAUAUCGACUUCUCUCGCCUUGGAAUGGCCUAUGAUAGACCAUCCAGCCCGCCAGUUUACCGUUCCCUGUCUCCAGCUGAACGAGAGCCCUCACCGAUCAACACGUUCACUUUCAAAACGGACCCCAAGGGAGAAACAUGGUGUGAGGAACGCACCGAGCGCGUUGUGCAAAAUGGGUGGGGUGGCGGACGACAGAGUCCAGCUCUAUUCGGAGACUCGGCUCCCCAUAUGGGCUUUUUCAUGCGCCAGCAAGUACCUGUUAACACGAUUCGACACGAUACCUGGUUCCACUAG